ACCUCUCGUACGGGGAUUAGCUGUAACUCGUCUCUGUUGUGGCGAUAAAGAAAGGCGCACAUAUCCUGCCACACCAAGUUCCAACUCUAACCAGCAUUCUAUUUCCAUGCCAGGGUCAACGAGUCAUUCUUGUGGAUUUUACGUGACACCGUGCACAUCCCAAGGGUCUUUCUAACAUUGAAUAUCUAGCUUAUAUGCUGAUCCUGUGCAUGGUCAAUCGUUAGCUUAUUGUACGUGUUGCAGGCUGACUGUUUGGUAAAAUUCCUCAGAGAGCAAGUGCUCGCUGAAGUUGCGUGGCUUCAUGGCUCUGCUUCCCGUACCACUUGGUCAGACACUGAGGCUCAGCUUGAGCGUCUCCAAGAGGUGUAUGAAUCCAUUAAACAGCCAGUCCCUUGCAUUCCCACACACACCACGGCCAUCUCGUUCGUUUCUUAGAAUUGAAGCAAGGAAUAUCACUCGAACAGAGAACGCGAAGGUCAGAAACCGGAGGAUGCGAAGAAAGUUCAAUGGCUCACCUACUAAGCCAAGGCUCUCAGUAUUUUGUUCAAACAAACAGCUGUACGCUAUGCUCGUUGAUGAUCAAAAUAAGAAGACCCUCUUUUAUGCAAACACGUUACAGAAAUCCAUCCGUGAAAACUGCUCUUGUAGCAGCACUAGUGAAGCUGCUCAAAGGGUUGGCGAGGAGCUUGUCAAGGUAUAGGAUCUAAAUAUCACUGAAAUAUCAUCUUAUGAUCGCAAUGGAUUGGCUCGUGGGGAAAGAAUGGCAGCAUUCGAGAUUCCAAUCUCUCAACAUGGGUUCCUACCACGUUAGCUGAUAUAUUUCCCAUUCUGAAUAAAUUUGUUUUUGUCCAGUGAUGAUACUCUUGGCUUUUGAGUUUUGAGAAACAUGUCAAAACGACAGCUGAAAACCUUGCAGUAUAGAGGAGUUUCUGUGACAAAUCUCAUUGCUCAAAUAAUUCUUCCCCU